UGAACGUGUUGGCAGUUCACUCCUUUCGCGGAGCACCCUUCUCCAGGUUCCUCAACCCAUACAUAGACAGCCUGCACAUCCCCUCUCUCCGCCUGUAUAUGUAUUGUAUGUAUAUGCAGCAUUCCUCGACCUCUUCCGAUAUCUGCCAGCAGACCGCUCACGGGUGGACAGCGUUUCUCAAUAACUGAACAGGCAUCUGGGACACUUCUCGAGGCGGAAUCAUGUCCGACAGCGGAGAUCACUCAGAACCCAACUCGGCGACCAGCUCAGAUUCACCGACCCCUCCACUCCAGUCGACCGCGCACUUUUACGACGAUGCGACUGUGCGUAUCAUCGUAGAGCACACCGUCUUCGCCGUCCACAAGUCGCUGCUUAAAAAGUUCUCCAAGUACUUUGACACGAUGUUCACCGGGCAGUGGCGCGAGGCGCAAGCAUUGGGAAUCAAACCUGAGGUCUCGCAAAAACAACCUGUCCACGCAAUCGCGGUUUCAGAUGUCACCACAGGCGCGCUGGAGCAAUCUGUCGAGGCGAUCGAGGAUUCAAAUGUCCCCGCGGAUGCUGAAAAGGUCGAGGCGAUCGAGAGGCCGGACGUCACCGUGGCACCUUUACUGAACGAGAUUUUCCUGGAAGAUCUCGACGGAGAACAUUUCGAAUCAUUCCUCGAUAUCAUCUAUGAAUUCAACGUGAACCUAAUUACGCUCAACGUCUCCAAGCUUCUUGGCAUACUGUUCACAUCGGAGUACUUGCUAGCCGAUCGCAUUUUCAACGCAACAAAGUUUGCACUUCGGGCGAUCAAGAAGGACUGGCGCAAUAUCGCAGAGUUCGUUCGCGGAUUACAUGGGUACAAAGAGCCUCUUGCACCAUGCCUCGCAUCGAUCCGCAGUGAAUGCGUGGAAUUCUUUAGAAACGCCAUGCAGUACGAGGACCGCUGCAUUCGAGUGCUGCAUUUCGCCGAGUCCUAUCAUUACCCCGAACUGCUCACUGACGAGUUCAAGGAGAAGUGGCCACGCAAACCUUUCUUGGAUCUCUCGUUCCAGAACUUAUCCAUCGAGUUACAACACCGUCUUCUUAUGAAGUUGACCGAGUGUACAUGUGGUAAGGCUGAACCUAAGGGGCAUGCAGCUACGUGUCCUCGAAAUCCCACAUCCUAGUAAACAUAUAUCAACCUGCACAUCCUCCAGCGGCGUAUCAGAGUCUCCAUCCCGUCCCCUGCGUCCUUCUGUGAAUGAAACACGGCGCGAAUAGAUAUGUAUCGCAGAAAGAAGCACCUGUCAGAAAGAAAAUUUGUAUAUCCAUACUGAGAGGCAUUGUGUUUUGCUGGGGCCAUAUUCGUUUCCAAGUACCAUAACGGGUUGGCUCUUCAUCAA